GUAGAAGCUAUGCAAUAUAGACCCGUGGAAUGCCAGAUAGACCGUGGAUAUAAUAUAGAACCGUUGCAAUAUAGAACCAUGGAUGCAAUAUCCAAAGAAAUAGGCGGCGAAACAAACGAAAAAAACA